CGAUCUGAAUCAGCAGUAGUGUGGGAGCUGCCAGCUUCUCUCCUCGCUGUGUUACUCAGCUUUCCUCCCAGAGAGAACAAAUAUUUAAACCGCUCCAGGCUAUUUUCCUCACUCUGAACUUCACGAUGGCCACCAUGUUCAGAUACCCAGUGUUCAGAUACCCAGUCCUGCCAGGUUUGGAGCAGUCCGAGUUGCCAGAGAGAUUGCCUCGUGUGCGAAGCAUCAUGGCAGAGCCAGACUACAUGGACGGAGACUGUGAUGAACUCAUCAAGCCUAAGAAACUCAUUAACCCAGUGAAGACCUCCAGAAACCACCAAGAUCUACACAGAGAACUCCUCAUGAAUCAGAAGAGAGGCCUGGCUCCUCAGAAUAAACCUGAGCUGCAGAAGGUGAUGGAGAAGAGGAAGAGAGAUCAGGUGCUGAAGGCUCAGAAGGAAGAGCAAGAGGCUCAUAAGAAGCGAUCAGAUUUGGAGAUUGAGCUCCUGAAGAGACAGCAGAAACUUGAACAGCUGGAGCUGGAGCAGCAGAAGAUUGAGGAGGAGCAGGAGAACACGCCUGAGUUUGUUAAAGUGAAAAGCAAUCUAAGAAGAACCAAACAGGAGGUGGACGAACAGGAGCGUACCACCUAGACGCACUGAGAGUGGGUUUCAAAAGUGUCCAUGGCACAUGACAUGGCAACUGGACUGCAGUUUGUGGAGUUUUCCUGGUGUUCCUGCUUCCUGUGUUCCUGUGAAACAAGUGACCAUGAAUGGUUCCUAUUGCUGACUUUCAGACACGACCAGUAUUCACUUAACCCUUUUCCCUGAAUACCGGCAGCAAACGAAGGGGCUGAAAGAAAAGCGCGCACUCUCAGACACAAAGGCACAGUCUCUCAGUCACUGGUUGGCUGGCUUUGGUGAACUUGCAUGGCAGGAUGAACAGAACAUACACAGUGUCUGUCUCUUUCUUUCUGUUUCUUUCUCUAUUGCUACUUUUUUUUCUUUUUUUUUUUUUGAAAAACCACUCAAAGAAUUUUUUUAACUUAUUUUCAUCCUCACGAGUUUAGAGCGGGACACUGGAUGGACUCUUGUAAGCCAAAAUAAUUCGCAUUUGUUUCUUUUCAGUUUUGCCUUGGAAUGGAGAGGAGGUGUCAUGAGGACUUUGUACUUUUUUUUUUUUUUUUUGACGAUCAAAAAGAAAAAAAGAAAAAUCAUGAGUACGAAUUCUCAGCGGUGCAAGUUUGGCUGUGUGAUGUACAGAGCUUGCUUUUUUGUUGUUUUACUCUCCAUAUUUGUGCACUCCCUCUGAGCUACAUCUCUUUUUAAGCAAUACUAGAUCUAGUUUGGUGUGUUUUGAAUAUUUUUGUUGACUUUUUUUUUUCCUUUUUUAUAAAUAAAAUUGUUAUAAAUCCAGUUUAGUUGAAAUGGUAUAGAACGCUGUAUUAAGGCACUCUAUCUUUUCCACACCUGAAUAGUAGUUCUUGAGUGCAAUCGAGAAGGCCUAGAAGAAAAUUUGUUUGUUAGUUCAGUAUUGAAGACUCUAAGUUUUUAUGUAGAUUUGAGCCAAUAACCAAUCACUCGUGCUCCCUUUGAAUCAAAAACCCUCUUUUAAUAAAUAUUAUUUUGUCAUGUUGA